AUGUGGAGUAUUUUGACGAGAAAGAGAUUAGCAUAUACAAGUAUAGCCUCUUUAGCCGCUGGUGGUGUCUCCUAUUACCAAUACUCAAGUUCAGCGCGUAAAAGACGUGACGAACAACAACACUUGAUACGCACAUAUCUAUCGAGGCUUGCACCCGAGUUUCUAAUAACAGAAGCGAAUGCAGACGCGAGUUCUAGUGGUAGUUUUGCAUAUCUAGAAAGUAGUUACGAUAGGCCGCACACUUUAUGGACUCCACCGUCACGAAAAGAAAUCAUAAACCUACUUCAGGGAAAAGAUAAAGACGGUACGCCGAUAGCACAUAACAAGGAGUCACCACCGUUUGACUUGUUAAUUGUUGGCGGUGGUGCCACGGGAGCAGGAGCAGCUCUUGAUGCUGCGACGAGAGGUCUAAAAGUUGCUUUGGUAGAGCGCGACGAUUUCGCAUCGGGCACUUCGUCACGUUCUACGAAAUUGGUGCAUGGUGGUGUGAGAUAUCUUGAGAAAGCUUUUUGGGAAGCUGAUUAUGAACAAUACAAAUUGGUCCGAGAAGCAUUACACGAACGUGCUACUUUCUUACAUAUCGCGCCUCAUCUAAGUAUACAUUUGCCGAUUAUGCUGCCAAUUUACAAAUGGUGGCAACUCGGUUAUUAUUGGUUCGGUUCAAAAGCAUAUAGUUUUCUUGCAGGCAAAGAGAAUGUUGAAAGUUCAUAUUUUUUGAUGCGCAGUAAAGCGCUCGAAGCUUUUCCCAUGUUGAAGAAGGAUAAACUUGUCGGAGCAAUGAUUUAUUAUGAUGGUCAGCAUAAUGACGCACGCAUGAAUGUGGCACUUGCAUUAACAGCGAUUGCGAGCGGUGCGGUUGUAGCCAAUCAUGCGGAAGUAAUAGGUUUAUUAAAAGAUGAGCAUGGCAUUGUAAAUGGAGCUCGAGUUAAAGAUACGUUGACAGGUGAUGAAUGGGAUGUGAAAGCUAAAGGUGUAAUAAAUGCCACUGGUCCAUUUACUGAUAGACUUCGUUCCAUGGAUAAUCCACAAGCGGAAAAUAUAGUAGCGCCCUCUUCAGGUGUUCAUAUAGUAUUACCAAACUAUUAUAGUCCCGGAAAUAUGGGCUUAAUAGAUCCGGCAACUUCUGAUGGUCGAGUUAUUUUCUUCUUGCCAUGGCAAGGGAAUACGAUUGCCGGCACAACCGAUUCACCAACUGUAGUCACUUAUAAUCCGAUGCCAAAAGAAGAAGAAGUGCAAUGGAUAUUGGAUGAGAUUAAAAGAUACCUAAGCCCUGAAAUUAAAGUUCGACGUGGAGAUGUUCUUGCUGCAUGGUCGGGAAUUCGGCCUCUUGUUCGUGAUCCAUCAGCCAAAAAUUCCGCUGAUUUAGUGCGAAAUCAUAUGAUUCAUGUUAGCGAUACUAAACUAAUUACGGUUGCAGGUGGUAAAUGGACAACUUAUCGUGCGAUGGCUGAAGAGACGAUCGAUAAAGCUAUUGAAGUAUUUGACUUGAAACCGCAAAAUCCGUGUAUUACUCGUAAUGUUAAACUUAUAGGAUCUCAUGGAUAUUCGAAAACGAUGUUUAUUAAACUUAUUCAACAGUUUGGCCUGGAGACGGAGAUUGCUCAACACUUGACAAAUAGUUAUGGGGAUCGUGCUUGGGCGGUUGCAGCAUUGGCGCAACCUACAGGAAAACGUUGGCCUGUAUUCGGAAAAAGAUUGAGUCCAUUCUAUCCAUAUGUCGAUUCGGAAGUCCGGUAUGCUGUUCGUAGAGAAUAUGCUUGCACACUAGUGGAUGUGAUUGCACGUCGUACUCGAUUGGCCUUCUUAAAUGCACAAGCGGCGUUGGAUUCAUUACCGUUAAUUAUUGAUAUCAUGGCUGAAGAACUAGAAUGGUCAGAGCAACGUCAAUCAAAAGAAUAUGAACAAGCCGUUGCCUUCCUAUUAACGAUGGGUCUUCCACCACCCAAAGAAGAACUUACACUGGCCAAAGCCAGAACCGAAUUACGAGCCGGUAAACGACCUGAGCAUCACGCAUUCUACUCGCGAUCUCGAUUCCAACCCGAAGAACUUGCCAGUUUCCAAAAGAUAUACGCGGAGUUGGAUGUCAAAGGGGACGGGUAUAUUCAACUUGAUGACAUGGCGGGAAUUCUCGAAAUUCUUGGGUAUUCGGUUCAUGAGCGUGAUGUGAAUACAAUACUGAGUGGAAUGAAUCUGGCUCGUCCUAAUGCUAUUGAAUUUGAGGAGUUUUUGGAAGUGAUGAGUGGUAUUAAGGAGAUCCAACUGCAAAGUAGUUAUGCGACAAUGGUUGAUCAACGUAGAAUCCCGAUUGAAAGAGCUUCGGGAGGCAAAAAUUUAAUCCAUGAUGGCCAACGCCACUUCCAUCGGAGAGAUCCUUUGUCGUUAAAAGUGAAAGUUGAACCUGUUGAAGAAAUCUCGGUUCAACAGGAUGGUAUAAAACGUAAAUACAUUGAUCCCAAAGGUUAA